AUGAUCGCGAAGAUGAAAGCUGAGACCGGCAUGGGCAUGAAGAUGUACAAACGGGAGGACCUCAUGGGGAUGUCCGAGGGCGACAUGGAAACGAUGGCAGCGCGAGAGGCCUUCGCUUCGGAGCGCCAGGCCGCGCGGAUGGCCGAGAUGGACCUCUAG